GCCCGCCCCUCCCCGCCCCUGCCGCAGAGCCGGGCGGGCCCCGCUCCCGGUGCAGGUGGCCGGGCCUCAGCGGAUGCCCCGGAGUCCGGCCACAAUGCUGCGUUUGGCUGCCUUUGCAGCUGUGCUGCUGUUCCUCAGGGUCACUCUGGAACUGUCCUGGAUCCAGGCCAUCCCUGCUCUCUUCAUCUUCUACCUGGCAUCUGGUGGAUGGGAGUUUUUCCUCAUAUUCCUCAAGACAUUACCAAGGGACGUCAGCACGGGGCUGGUCCUGCUGCGGGUGAAGUGGCAGGUAUGGAGGCACGUGAAGGAGAAGAACACCAUCGCCAAGAUCUUCCAGAGGACCGCAAGGAAAUAUCCAGAGAAGACAGCGCUGAUCUUCCAAGGCACGGGCGAGAGCUGGACCUUCCAUCAGUUGGAUGAGUACUCCAACCAGGUGGCCAAUUUCUUCUACGGCCAAGGCUUCCGCUCGGGGGACGUGGUGGCGCUUUUCAUGGAGUCCCGCAAUCAGUACGUGGGGCUGUGGCUGGGGCUGGCCAAGAUCGGCGUGGAGACGGCCCUGGUGAAUUCCCACCUGCGCAUGGACGCCCUGCUGCACUGCAUCACCAUCUCCAGCUCCAAGGCUGUGGUUUUUGGCGUGGAGAUGAUGGAAGCAAUGCAGGAAGUGCAGCCCUCCCUGGAUGAAUCCAUUCAUCUCUUCUGGUCUGGGGAUGAAAAUCCUAAAUCUGUUUUCCCUGGUGCAAAACACCUGGACCCCCUCCUGCAGAUGGCCCAGCGACACCAGCCAGCUCCCCCUGCUAAGGGCUUUCUUGAUAAACUCUUCUACAUCUACACCUCUGGCACAACGGGGCUGCCCAAGGCUGCCAUUGUGGUGAACUGCCGGUACUUCCGCAUGGCCAGCUUGGUUUUUUACGGUUUUCGGAUGAGGUCCGAUGAUGUGAUUUACGACUGCCUCCCGCUCUACCACGCUGCAGGGAACAUCGUGGGCAUUGGGCAGUGCCUGCUGCAGGGCGUGACGGUUGUCAUCCGCAAGAAGUUCUCAGCCUCACACUUUUGGGAGGACUGUGUGAAAUACGACUGCACGAUUGUGCAGUACAUCGGGGAGAUCUGCCGCUACCUGCUGAACCAGCCGUACCAGGACGCGGAGCGGCAGCACCGCGUGCGCAUGGCCGUGGGCAACGGGCUGCGCGCCUCCAUCUGGAGGGAGUUCAUGGCGCGCUUCGGCAUCCCCCAGGUGGCCGAGUUCUACGGGGCCACCGAGUGCAACUGCAGCCUGGGAAACUUUGAUGGCAAUGUUGGGUCAUGCGGCUUCAACAGCAGGAUCCUACCGAAUGUGCACCCCAUUGGUUUGGUGAAGGUGGAUGAAGACACUAUGGAGCUGAUCCGGGGGCCGGAUGGUGUCUGUAUCAGCUGCAAACCAGGGGAGCCGGGGCAGCUGGUGGGUCGCAUUGUCAGGAGCAAUCCCCUGCAGCACUUCGAUGGCUACCUGAAUCAGUCAGCCACCAACAAGAAAAUUGCCAGGGACGUGUUUACAAAAGGGGACGCUGCCUAUCUCACAGGGGAUGUCCUGGUGAUGGACAAAUAUGGCUACAUGUACUUCCGAGACCGCACCGGGGACACCUUCCGAUGGAAAGGGGAGAACGUCUCCACCACGGAGGUGGAGGGGACGCUGAGCCGCAUCCUCAACCUGACGGACGUGGUGGUGUAUGGCGUGGAGGUCCCAGGGGUUGAAGGGAGGGCAGGAAUGGCAGCCAUCGCUGACCCAGAGAACUCCUGUGACCUAGAAGACUUUUCCAGCAAGCUGAAAAAGGCCCUGCCACUGUAUGCACGCCCCGUCUUCCUGCGGUUCCUGCACGAAGUCUCCAAGACAAGCACUUACAAGUUCCAGAAGAUGGAGCUGCGGAAGCAGGGCUUUGACCCCGCACUGGUGAAGGACAGGUUGUAUUUUCUGGACUCCAGGCAAGGCUGUUACCUGCCACUGGACCAGGCAGCGUUCAGCAGAAUCCAGUCCGGAGACCAGAAGCUGUAACUGGUGGGGCCCAAGCCAGGCACCUCCCAAAUCCUGCUGGGGAGAGGGGGCAAGGCAGGCACUGGGGAAGGAAAGGUUCACAGAGUGAUACAAAAGGCACGCUAGAGAUUUUAUUUGACAAGUUUUACAGAUAAGGGUUUGGGAGGAGCACACAGGGGAUUGAGGGGAGGGGGAUGGUCUCAUACCAAAGCAUUGACUCAUUAUGGCUUUAUUUUCUGCUUGAUACAGUUGUGGUGGUCCCAUGCCAUGGGAGGGGCAGGGCCCUGGCCAGUUGAGGAGGGGUGGGGUGCCCCUGCCAUUCCACUUUGCUUUUCCUGUCUUUCCCUACCUUUUCCUGCCUGCAGCCACACUUCCUUGUGAAGGCCAUGAAGGCACCAGUGCUGGGCUCUUCCCCACUUCUCUACCAAGCAGCCAGCUUCUCCUUGGCACAGGGACCCAGUUGGCAGAGGGAAGGUGGGUGCCAGGCGCAGCCCCUUCCCUCUGCUUGGCCUUGCUGGUGUUGUGUGUCUGCUGUGAAUCAGGGGAGCAGGGUAGUGUUGGGCUCAGGAGGGG